AUUUGACGGCCAGCUGACAGAUUGGGCACAAUAAGGGACAAUUCGGUUUAUUAUCUGGUGCAUAAUUGUAACCAAAAUGUCCUUGCUUACAGCAUUCAGCAAAUUGGCGUUGCAGUCAUCACUCCGUCAAGUGAGUACUACUGCAGUCAGUCGACUUCAAAUCUCCCCAGUGCUUUUUGCUGAACCGCUGAAGAAGAAGAAGAAGCUUGAUCCACAAAUAAUAAAGCAUCGGGAAGAUCGUCGUAGAAAAAAAUUGGAAAAGCAAAUUCGUCGCCUAGAGAAAAAUGCAAGACAACUGAAACCGGUAGAAGAACUAGAAGUUCCGCUUACGCUGUUGGACGAAAAAGCGAAACGUGAACGCAAAUUAGCACCCUUAAGUGAGGAAGAACUUGAAAAACGUGCACUGCAAACUAAAGAGUGGGCAAAGUAUAAACACCAAAUGAAGAUUCACGACUUCCAAAUCAUAGAUAGGUUGCUACAAUCGCAAAAUAGAGCGUUGGAAGAGUUGCGGAAAGAAUCUGAAGAACUAUACCAAGAGGCUAUUCAAAUAGAUAUGACACUUGUACCUGUAACAGUGAAAGGACCAGUAGCAACGCCGCCUAUAAAAAAUUACGUUAGUCCAGAUGGCGAUUAUAUAGUUGAAGUUAAGAAAUGGGAUUAAGAAAAGUCUCAUAAACUUUGAUUUGUUAUUUACCACAUGAUAAAAAGUUUAUUAUUAGUAAUAAAUGUUUGUCAUACAAAUU